AAAGCCAUGACAUCGCAUGAUUGCGCAAAUAAAAUAAUAACUGGAACUGGAAAUGUUGAUUCCCGGCUUCCAGUUGUUUAGCGUUGCAACGACAGUGUUACGGGUGUUUUCAACAGUACCUCCUGUGAUAACAUCAAAAACCACAAUGUCUAAUCCCGAGAAGCCUGAAGAAGCCAAAUCCAUCUACGAAUUCAGCGCCAACGAUAUCAAAGGUGAAACCGUAUCUUUAGAAAAGUACAAAGGGCACGUGUGCAUCAUCGUCAAUGUUGCCUCCAAUUGUGGUUACACCAAGAACAACUACGCCGAGCUUGUGGACCUUUUCAACGAGUUUGGAGAGUCCAAGGGUUUGAGGAUUUUGGCAUUUCCUUGCAAUCAAUUCGCCGGUCAGGAACCAGGGAGUAAUGAAGAGAUUUGCCAAUUUGUUUCAAGUAAAAAUGCCAAAUUUGAUGUUUUUGCAAAAAUUAAUGUCAAUGGAAAUGACGCGCAUCCUUUGUGGAAGUAUUUGAAGCAUAAGCAAGGGGGAACAUUGGGGGAUUUCAUCAAGUGGAAUUUCACCAAGUUUAUCAUCGACAAGAAUGGGCAGCCAGUUGAAAGACAUGGACCCAGCACCAAUCCCAAAGACUUGGUCAAGUCACUAGAAAAGUACUGGUGAUUUGGAAUUAUUGCAGACUAAUCUUAUUGUUAUUUAUGCUCGUUAUACAUAUUUACUCAAAAUAAAUCUUGAUUUAUAUAAAAAUA